CCCAGAGGGAGAGAGACGCCGUCCCAGUGCUGUCGGCGUCGUCUCUUCGCCACUCAGGACAUAUUGUUAGAGUUUCUGUGGUGUGGCCUUCACUGUCGGGAGGAAUUUUGGACUAACUCGAAGACGACAUGACUUCUCCUGCGCAGCGGGUCGCCUCCCUGGCGUGUGCCGCCGUCAUCAUGCUGGUUCAUUGUAACGCAGAGCGCCUCCCUCCCCCCGCCGGCCUGUCCUACCGGUGGGUCGACGCGUUCACGGUGACCGUGUCGUGGCCGGAGCCCCGCGGCCUGCCGGCGGGAGACGUCCGGUACAAAUACCGCCUGGAGGACCCGGAGAGUCCGGUGGAGCGCACACCACUGAGACACUUCUCAGUGAACCUCCUCACAGGAGACGCAGGCUCCGGGAGCUGGACGUACCUCGUUUGGACAGUCGGUGAAAACGUGGAAGAGAGCAUCAAGGUCAACACGACCAUCGAGAGCCCGAAGCCACGAGCCCAAGUGAAGGACGUCCAAUGUUUCAUCAACCUGGACAACGAAACCAAGGCAAAGGAAAUGAACUGCUCCUGGGUGCCAGGGGACCGGGCCCUCGAUCUCUCCUUCAGGACUUGUGGGUACACCCGUAAAAGCAUCGUGGGCCUGAAGAUGUGCGAGCGGCCGUACGGAGACGCGCUGCGGAGCGGCUGCUACCUGAAAGCCAACGGCGUCACCAACAUCUGCGUGCUCCUCGAAUCCGAAGCCGGACUGAGCACCUUUAAACUGUCACCCAUGAUAGAUCCACCAGAGUUGAGCAUCGGGGAAGAAGGCGGUGACCUCAAACUGAGCUGGACGCUCCCGCCCAUCUUAAAGCAUCACCCCAGGAUAUUCUCGGUCUGCUACAGGAAGUGCGGUCACGCCGAGGUGUGCCAGGACUACACCACGAGGGGGGAGCCGGCCUUCAUGCCCUACGAUGAAAGCUGCCGCUACGAGCUGCGGUCCCGCGUCACGACGGGGCCCAGCAUCCCGCUCAUAUUCAGCCAGUUCGGCCCAGCCGUGUUUUAUGGUACCGAUCAGCCGGCUGGGAAGACGCUCCCCGUGGUCGCCGUGGUCCUCCCCCUCAUCCUGUCCGUCUGCAUCUUCCUGUCCUGCUACUGCUUCAGGAGGCACAGCUCCAUCCUCUGCCCCGUCAUACCGGACCCUUCGGUGAUAUUCAAGGAGAUGAUGAUGAACGGGAACAAAGACCUGGAGCCCACAAUGGGGAGUCUGUACACGCCGGUGCCGGAGCCCGUUGAAUCCUGCAAAGUGGACUCUGUAGCCGGCGGCGCCGUGGUGCCGCUGACCUCCUGACCCGCGGAGGAGGAGGCUCGCCGUGCGGCUGGACUCACACUCGGGGGAGAAUCCAGCGAAAGAACGUUUUUUAUGACGUCUGUUGCACAUCUGGACCCAUGUGGCGAGGAGUGCGAGCUGUGCUGACCUGACUCUGUGAAGCUGCCGUCCCAACUUCCACCACUAGAGGUCAGCACAAAACACGACAUCCAGCUGCUACUCCGAAACGCUCUGUGGACACGAAGCGGGGGAAGAACGGGUUCUCCAUGUCCGCACUGUGCUGACGGGCUCCUGUUGCUCCUGCGGAGGGAGACCAGCAUGUGGGCGGGUUUGAGUGGAUAGGAACCAGUGGGCAAGUGGCCAGCGGAGGCUGUGUUUGUUAGGAAACCGUCCUCAGAGGAGCUGCUGGGUCCCUGAACGCCACAAAUCAAACGAAAUUCCUGGAAAGUAAAAAUAUAGAGACGGCCCACUGCGAAAGGAAAUGACUGCGUGGCGUCAUGGCAACCAGGCAGGAGGCAUGAAGUGGGAAGCACGUUGGACUAGUGAUCAGGAAACGGUUCACACAACAACAGACGAGCCGAUACGUCCUGGUUUUGAACCCAAAUCCAAAAAUAAUAAUAAUACAUUUAUUUUAUAAGGUGCCUUUCAAGGCACUCAAGGUCGCCGUACAACACAUGAAAACAGUUCAAUAUGACUGACCACCGUUAGCUGCACACUUCCUUCCCUCCCUCCUUCCUUCCUUCCUUCCUUAAACCGAAAGGGAGCCGUCUCUUGUUGUUACAUGUCACGGGGGGUUGUUGGUGGUUCUCCCUCUUUUAAUGGAAAUAAAGAGAGAGUGAAAUGUGAAGUGAUGCAGCUGCUCUCGAUUACUCUUCCACGCGAGUCAACGUUACUUCAAAAUGAAAAUGGAAUUAUAAUUUCUCCACAAAUUAUAAGAAAUAAAACUAACUUCACCGACAGCUGGCAGAUAUCGUUGGUGGAUUGUAUUGUUGCUGGGCAGGUUUCUGCUUUGGGAAAUGUGAUUGUGUAACUUUACACCCACAAAAAUAUCAUAUUUGAGUUUCAGCUAAUGGCUUUAUUAAUGUUUCUGGAUCUUAUUAUCAUGAUAAUUUAUAGUUGUUAUAAAACUGUGAAUAAUAAUGAUGAUCAAUCCAUUUGGCUGUCGUCUAUCAACAUUUAUAAUGCAGAUUACUUUUAUUUUUACAGAAAUAAACCCCCGUUAAACAUUGCUGACUUGUACUCAACAUGAAGAUGAAGAGAAAGAAGUAUAUAGAAUUUUAAUAAAUACUUAAUUGGAAAUAACAGUGAAGAUUUUAAAAGAAAAUAGAAUUUGGAGAUAGAAAGAUAAAAAUAUAUAUGAAAUUUCAGGACAGAGAACACCUUAUUUAAAGAGUUCAUACUUGAUUUCUUGGUGUUUAUAAGUGUGAUAUCUUCUGUAGAUAUUAUUUAAAGUCAGACAUUGGGUGGUGACUUUAGUUAUUUGAUAUUCAAAUGAUUAUAUUGAAUCAAUAGAGAUGUUUGAUGUUAUAAUAUAUGUAUUUGUAAACACAAGUGAAAUAAAUGGUUCACAAUUGCAGAAGUUACAUUUGUCUUCAAUAUUCCUAUUUUAAAUAUCCUCCUGGGAACUGAGAGCAAAUAAUGUCUCCCAACUUCUUAUUUUUUGUGAUUACCUGUUAAGAGUUAAAUAAACAUCUUACAAUUUAAACAUUUAGAAAAUUAUUUUGAUUUUAAAUUGUAAUUUUCGUGUUAAAAGGCACAAAAAUAUAGAAUAUAAAAAAACAAAUGUCUUGAGUGAUAUUAAAUAAUACAUUAAACUUGAUUAUUAAACUAAAUAAUUCAUCAUCUGGAUUGUUUUGCUUGUUGGUUGGAGGAUGUAGAACAUUUUAUAUUAAAACUGAAUGUCUGUAGUCCAGAAUAAUUUAGAAUAGAUAUGUUUAUUCUAAUUUGGAUUGCCUAAACUAAUCUUGUUAUUCUUCAUUUAUUAUUUUGCAUGUUUUAAUUUUAGCCGUGAUAUUCCUGGAAAUAUCGAGGAAUAUGAUGCAUGUGGUACACCUCCUAUACAAUGUUGAGUCAUUAAAUAUUGUUGCAUUUUG